AUGGAUGUCACUGCCCUCCGAGACCGCAUUCAGUCUACUUUAGACGCGAAUGCGGGCACUCGCCAGCAAGCGGAGCUGGACUUGAAAUAUGCCGAAACACAGCCUGGCUUUAUCAAUGCGCUUCUGGAUAUUCUCCAGGGCGAGCAGAAUAAUGCCGUUCAGCUCUCCGCCGGUGUUUACCUGAAGAACCGUAUCAACCGAGGAUGGGCCCCUGUUGAGGAUAACCCGCAGCGCACGCCAAUUCCUGAAUCCGAAAAGCCAAGCUUCAGAGAGAGACUCAUUCCCGCCCUGGCAUCGACGCCGCCCAAUGUCCGCGCCCAGCUGGUUCCCCUCCUCCAGAAGAUCCUGCAGAAUGACUUCCCCGAGAAGUGGCCCGGGUUUCUGGACCUUACUCUGCGGUUGCUCGGUACCAAUGACGCAAAUACAGUUUACGCGGGUCUUCAGUGCUUGUUGGCCAUUUGCCGCGUGUACCGGUUCAAGGGUGGGGAGAAGAGGGAGGAGUUCGAUAAGAUUGUGGAGCAUUCAUUCCCGCAGCUGCUCAGCAUCGGGUCGAGGCUUGUGGAUGAGGAUAGUCUGGAGGCAGCGGAGAUGCUCCGCAUCGUGGUGAAGUCUUAUAAACAUGCCAUUUACUUCGAACUCUCGCCGGCUUUGCAAACCCACCAGGCCACCGUGGACUGGUGUACGUUGUUCCUGCGGAUCAUUUCCAAAACUCCUCCCCCGAGUGCCAUGGGAGACUCCAAGGAAGAAAGGGAACUCAACCACUGGUGGAAGUGCAAGAAGUGGUCAUACGCGAACUUGAACCGUCUCUUUAUUAGAUACGGCAACCCCACCACGAUCACGAAAUCCUCCACCCCCGACUACACGCAGUACGCCAAGACCUUUAUCAGCACUUUUGCGCCGGAAAUUCUCAAGGGCUAUUUGCAGGAGAUCGACAAAUGGGUAUCCAAGACCCAAUGGCUCAGCAAUCCCGCGCUGUCCUAUACCCUGGCCUUCAUGGAGGAAUGUGUCAAGCCGAAGGCGAUGUGGGAUCACCUGAAGCCGCAUAUGGACAACCUGAUCGCUCAUUUUGUCUUCCCCAUUCUGUGCCAGUCGGAUGAAGAUAUCGAGUUGUUCGAGGAGGACCCUUCGGAGUACCUCCACCGCAAGUUGAACUUCUACGAGGAGGUGUCGGCUCCCGAUGUUGCCGCUACGAACUUCCUGGUUUCCCUUACCAAGAACCGGAAGAAGCAGACAUUUUCGAUCCUCACUUUUGUCAACGGCGUUGUCAGCAAGUAUGAGGCUGCUCCAGACGACCAGAAGCAGCCGCGGGAGAAGGAGGGUGCUUUGCGAAUGAUUGGCUCGCUCGCUUCUGUUAUUCUGGGCAAGAAGAGCCCGAUUGCGGACCAGGUCGAAUAUUUCUUCGUUCGUCAUGUCUUCCCUGAAUUCCGCAGUCCUCAUGGCUUCCUUCGUGCUCGUGCUUGCGAUACUCUCGAGAAAUUCGAGCAGCUCGACUUCAAGGACCCCAACAACCUCAUGGUGAUCUACCGAAACAUCCUCGAGUCUAUGACCGAUCCGGAAUUGCCCGUCCGUGUCGAGGCUGCCCUUGCCCUGCAGCCCCUGAUCCGUCACAACAUCAUCCGGACAUCGAUGCAGCAGAACAUCCCGCAAAUCAUGCAGCAGCUUCUGAAGCUGGCCAACGAAGUCGACGUGGAUGCCCUCGCCAAUGUCAUGGAGGACUUUGUGGAGGUCUUCUCUGCCGAGCUCACGCCAUUCGCCGUGGCAUUGAGCGAGCAGCUGCGCGAUACCUAUAUGCGUAUCGUCGGCGAGCUUUUGAAAGGAACGCCACCAAGGGUGGGGACGAAGAUGGCUACGACCAUUGGUACCCUCAUUCUUACGCUUGAGAGCACUCCCGAUGUGCUUCUGCACCUUGAGACCAUCCUGAUGCCCGUCAUCAGCAUCACGCUGGAGAAUAAACUCUAUGAUCUCUACAACGAAGUUUUCGAGAUUAUUGACAGCUGCACCUUUGCGUCCAAGUCCAUCUCUCCUACGAUGUGGCAGGCAUUUGAACUGAUUCACAAGACGUUCAAGGCUGGCGCUGAGCUGUACUUGGAAGACAUGCUUCCUGCGCUUGACAACUACGUUGCCUACGGUUCUGACAUGCUGGUUCAAAAUCCGGUGUACCUUGGCGCCGUUGUGGGCAUGGUGGAAGACAUCUUCCGAGACGACAAGGUCGGUGGAGUGGACCGGAUCUGUGGGUGCAAGCUCGCGGAGACUCUGAUGCUCAACCUGCGCGGCCACAUUGACUCGUACAUCCCGCUCUUCAUUGAAUUGGCCAUGAAAGUCAUCGACGCUGGAGAGGCGCCCACCAAGUCGUACCGGAUCCACCUCAUGGAGAUGAUCAUCAACGCCAUCUACUACAACCCGGUUCUCAGUCUCCAGGUUCUGGAAGCCAAGGGCUGGACCAACAAGUUUUUCAGCACCUGGUUCUCCAGCAUCGAUAGCUUCCGCCGCGUUCAUGACAAGAAACUGUCUAUUGUGGCUAUCAGCUCGCUCCUGACUUUGAAGGGAGCCGACGUUCCCACCAGUGUUCAGCAGGGAUGGCCCAGGUUAUUACAGGGGGUGACAAGACUUUUCCAGACUCUGCCUGCUGCCCUGAAGCAACGUGAGGAUGCUACCCAAGAGUCCGAUUUCACAUUUGAUGAUGAGGGCGACGAAGAUGACGAGGAGAAUGACUGGGAUGGUGAAGUUGAGUGGAACGAGGAGGAAGUUGGGGAGACCCUUGACGGUGAUGUUGCCGACGAGAGCGCCGCGUACCUCGAGUUCCUCAACCAGGAGGCCCAGAAGUUCGGCUCGUUUGCCGACGAUGACGAUGACGAUAUGGAUGAGGAGAGUCUGCUGGAGACUCCCCUGGACAAGGUGGAGCCAUACGGCAUGUUCAAGCACGUUCUGCUGGGUCUUCAACAAGAGCAGCCCCAACUCUACGACAACCUGACCAAGGUCCUGGGCCCUGAGGAGCAGCAGGUUCUCCAGGCUGUCUUCCACGAAGCCGACGCCAAGGCCAUGGUGGCAGCUGCCAACGCAGAAGCCGCCGUUGCCGCGGGCAUGCAGGCCAAUGGAAACCAAUAG